AUGGCGACCCCCAGUGCUUCCGACCCAAGCGGUCCUCGGCCGACUCAAGAUCUUGAAAAGCUCGUUGGUGGCCCCGUCGCGGCUGCGCUCUACCACCGUCGAAAGGAAUUCCUCCAGCGAACAAGAUGCACGGUCAAAGUCACAACAUGGAACGUCGCAUCUAUCGACGGAGCACAUAGAGCAGCCGGAUCAAUUCUCCGAGAACCAGCCGUGGGAGCCGAUGAACCCGGAGGCAGAGGAGCGAGAAAUCGGGUCUCACGAUCUAUCGGUAGCGGAGGCGUCACCUCAGAUAAAAAAGAGAAACCACUUGGUAUUACCGAUUCACGAAGCUCUGAAGGCGGCGUCCAGGGACCGCAAAGAUUACCAACGGGCUCUAGCACUGCAGCAGAGGGUAACGAAGUUUAUGGUCGACGAGAUGGACAGGACGAGGCAGAAGAAGGGAAGGACUCCGCUCUCGGGCAGGUUGAAGAACGAGAAACGCGAACAGUUGUUGAGAGCAAUAGGGCGAAAGCGGGAGUGGCGAGAACCUCGGGGUCAAUCUCCUCGAUCGGGCAAGAGCUAGUAUCUGGGGGAACCCAGGCGUACAACUGUAUCCACGUUAUCUGUCUCCAGGAAGUAGUGGAUGUUACUGCUCCGGAGAAUUUCAUCCGAACUGUGGAUGAAGCGGUUCAGAAACGGUGGAAAGAAGAGAUCCAGGCUGCUCUUCCCGAAUACCGAUGUCUCCUCGUUCAACAAUUAGUGGGGGUUUUGAUGUUCGUUUACGUUUCACCUGAGAUAGCGCCCCAGAUCACUACGCCGAGUUCGACAAGCGUGGGGACGGGAUUGAUGGGGUACAUGGGUAACAAAGGUGGCGCUAUGGCAAGGCUAGUUUUUGGAGGCCUACCUGCUGCCGGAAUAUCACCACCGUCGUUUGCCGAUAGCUCGAUAGAGGAACUACGAGAAUCCGAAGAAGAAAGAGGUGUCACUGUCGUUUUUGUGGACUGCCAUCUUGCGGCUUUUGUGAAUUCCGUCGAUAGGAGAAAUUGGGACUACACGGAAAUAAUGAGGAGGGCUUACUUCCACCCAAACCCGUUACCGAUAUCUGGGGGUGGAACAGUACCGGAAGCCGUUGCAGCUGCGCAUCCAAACGGAUAUCCGUUUAAGGAGUGCGAUAUCGUGGUGUGGGCCGGGGAUUUGAAUUACAGACUUGAAAUGCCUGGGAACAAAAUAAGGAAGGCGAUUCAUAAGUUCCUCCCUUCAGAAGCAGAUGGGAGUGACCCGGUCUUGAAGCUGAUUCUUGAUCAACAAGCGCCCGACAACAACGAUGACAGUAAAAGCAAUGAUUCAGAGCCAAAUCGUAGUUUUGAAGAAACAAUUAGUUUUCUCCUCGAGAGCGAUCAAUUACGGAAAGUUCAAUCUGAAGGGAAAGCAUUCCAACAUUUCCACGAAGGCAAAAUUAUGUUUGUGCCAACGUACAAAUACGACCCGGGCACGAUCUCGACCUUCGAUACUAGCGAAAAAGCGAGAGUUCCUAGUUAUUGCGAUCGGAUUUUAUGGAAAGACUGGAAAGUUGAAGAGGAAGAGAUCGAAAGACUAAAAGCGCGGAAAUUAUCCGAUGAAAGAGACCAGAAACGAGAAUCUCAUCUGGAUGGGACCGACCAUAGCGAUGUUUUAUUUGACUUUGCGGACGAAGAAGACGUAGGCGAUGAAUCCGAGUUGCGCAUAAACGAGAAUGACUUGAACAUACCACCAAAGAUUGAUCAUGAGAUUACUUCUAUCAACGACAUCGAUAUUUCCGAUAUCGCUACCCCGUUGAAGCUUUUGAAGUACUUUUCGCAUCAAUCAGUCGCAGAAUCCGAUCACAAACCUGUAAGCGCAGAGUUCUCGCUCGACUUCCUUGGCGUCAACCAGGAGAAACGGUCUCAGAUACAAAUCGAGGUUGUGAAGGAACUCGACCGCCACGAAAACGAAGCCCGUCCCGCGGUCACGGUUAUAGUAGAUGGAGACCCUAGUGACGAGAUAGUCAACUUUGGGGAUGUUACUUGGGAUCAGGUGGUUCGUCGCACCGUAACAAUUGCGAAUACGGGCCGGACUGCAGCCGUGUGCGAGUUUGUCAAAAGGCCUGUUCUCCCCGCUAUCAUGGACGACGAUGACGAUGGCUUUACUAAAGUGACAUCGGAGGAUGCCAAUGAUCCCAUGGCAUUUGGGGAGGAGAGUAGUGCUACUGGUGGGGCCACGGAGGAAGUUUGUAGGGAGUGGUUAUCGGCUACGUUCAAUAGUUCAGAAACGGAUGGACCACACAUGUUGCAACCUGGUGAUGCCGAGCAGGUUACAUUACAGCUGGCGCUUCCUCCAAGAAAGCACGGUCGGCAGCCUCGAUCCGCCUAUGCUUCCCUGCUUCGACAUCUCAACAAAGGAAAGGAACAACUCGCGGAUGUGUUGGUGAUGCGGGUAUCCCAAGGUCAGGACAAGUUUAUACCUGUCAAGGCCGAGUUUAAACCUACGUUCCUGGGAUAUGGACUUACGGAAUUGUUGAGGGUUCCUGAUUCUGCGGGUGGUAUCAGGGAGAAUCCGAAGUGCACGGGGGAAGCGCACUGGAGUGCGCCGCGGGAGUUGUUCAGGAUGACAGAGUAUCUUUUGUUAACUUUAAGGAGUAUUGUGAUGAGUGAGGGUGGAGAGGGUGUCAGAUGGACAAUGCUGCCGGGGUGGCCGUUUGUGAAAGAAACUUGGGGGUUAAUGGAUAGUGAUGGAGAUGAUGAUGAAGGCGUCAAAGAACUUACUCGAUCUUCUGUUUAUGCUAGAUCUGCACUCAAGAGAUGGAUAAGAGAAUCUCUCGAUUGCGACAAAGACUGGGCAUGGGAAGAGGUUGACAGAAACGGAUUUUCGGAAGAAGACAAGUGUGAGGCCAUGUCCGAGUGUUUACUUGACUGGCUAGGAUACCUUAAAGAAGGCGUACUCCCCGGAUCACUAUAUGGAGAAGUCGUGAAGGGAGUUGGCGGAAAAGCCGGAGCUGAUAAAAUACUCGAUAUGUUACCUACCGCAGCUCCGCCUGUUCACACCAAUGUUUUUAUAUACCUUACUGGUUUCAUAUCAGAGGUUAUAUCACUCUUAUCGCCCAAAUACGACGCAGCAAUAACCAACAACUUCACCCCACAAGCACUUACACCAGCGGCUCUGGUCAAACGGCUAAGUGCUAGUAGCAGGUUGACGACCACAGAACUGGUGAAGAAAAGCGUGGUAAAAGAGUUUGCUGAGGUUAUCGUGCGGCGCCCUACGGCGAUGGAUGGUUGGAGGAGCGAUACACUUGAGAAGCGGGAGGAGGAAAGAAGCGUGGAUGUUCGGCUCGUACUUCUCGCAAAACUUGAAUUUGUUACCCACUUCCCUUCAACAACAUCAGCUUCCCGUCAAAAACCCCUGUCGCAGCUGGCUGCGAAUAUCUCUAGCUUCGCCAACUACCCGUCAUACAUCAUGCGGUCUUGGAUACGAAGUCUCCGGACUGUAGACGCCCGAAGGGUGACCCAACGCUGCUUCUCGUCGAGCAGGCCUAGGUUAGAGCUUCGAUCGAUAUGGGAUCUCGAUAACAAGAUAGACCCGUGUGAAUGUAUAGAAUGCACAAAUCGAAGUCUUGAAAUUAUCAAGUUUCCUGAAGAUCAGCCUCCCAAUAAUGUCCUGUUGAUACAGAAGGAAGGGGUAUCGUCUGUUACAGAAGCUAUGGUUGAGUUUGCGAAGUUUCUUAAAACUGCAUACCCAGCUACGAAUAUCAUCCUUGAACCUCAUAUCGCUACUGAACUACAUUCGUCCUUGCCGUUCCCAAUACAUGCGACACCUUAUACGACUCUCCCACCAUAUCCGAACCGAAAUCCAUACCAUCUCAAAACUUCAUUGACUGUUACAUUCGGCGGGGACGGAACAAUCCUCCAUGCUGCUAGUCUCUUCUCUACAUCCCCCGUCGUUCCACCUUUAUUAUCAUUCUCCCUCGGUACACUAGGUUUCCUAGGGCCAUGGAAGUUUUCAGACUACAAAACAGCAAUAACCGCCGUUUUCACGAACAAAGCACGUAUCAUGCGUCGCAGUCGUAUCAAGAUGGAAGCAUUCUCCGGCUCUACACAGUUGUUGGGAGAUUUAUGGCCCCCAGAUUCUCAAUCAAACGGUGGACGUGGUGAAGGAUCUGGUGUAUGGGCAAUGAACGAGGUUAACAUCCAUCGUGGACAAAACCCCCAUAUGGCGAUAGUGGAGGUCUUUGUAGACGGCAGAUUCCUAACAGAAGCUGUCGCCGACGGGAUUAUCCUAAGUACGCCAACGGGAUCGACUGCCUACUCACUCAGUAGCUUUGGAUCUAUUGUUCACCCCAGAGUCCCCGCUAUACUUCUUACACCUAUUUGUCCACGAUCACUGAGUUUUAGACCGUUGGUGUUGCCGGCUGAGGUGGAGGUUAGUUUGAAGCUGUCGGAUAAGGCAAGAGGGGACGAAGUUGAGGUUUCUAUUGAUGGGAAGAGGUGGGGUGGGGUUAGGAAGGGGGUCGAGGUUAAGAUUACUGGUGAGAUGGGGAAUUUUUGUGGAGGUGGGGAAGGAGGAGUGCCGUGCAUUUGGAGGGAGGGGAGUGAACAUGAGGAUGAAUGGGUGGGGGGAUUAAAUGGACUGUUGAAGUUUAAUUAUCCGUUUGGCGAGGAGGUACAUUUCUGA